GAGGUCCCUUCAUCCCUCUUAAAACCCUCUACACUCAGAUUGCUUGCGAAUGGGUCAUCAAACAAGAAAGCCUCUGGUCCCCAGCUCUCUUGGUCAUGCCGUUCUCUGAUUGUACUGUUUGAAGCGAAUCACUGAUGGUCAUGGUUCGUGAGCAAAGUCGACAAGGGCAAGAUCCUGAUUGAUUCAUUACCAUGAAGUAUGGAAACGGUUCAAGGAUCUCACUAGCCUGGGAUGCAACGAAAGCUUACAUAGCUAUACAUGGGUACUCACCUGGACCCCAAUCGCUGGGCAGCUGAAAUCUUGUUUCUCUUCACCUGUCAGAUGUCAACGGCCGUCUGGAUUUCCUUCAAACUUCAAUAUUGUCACUCCCCACAAUGUUGGACGAAUUGUACAACGUUACAAAGCGGAAUCAUCCCAUUGAUGAAGAUCCGGAAGUUACACAAGCUCAAUCUUAUCUCGGAAGGACAGAUGUCGAAAAUUAUGGGGUUGAAGAUGGAAUUACUCAAAAACGGUUUUCUCGAGAUGGUUCUGUAGCUCGAUUUCGUGAACACAGCGAUACUAUUGCCUGCGGAUCUCGCCGAUCGAUUAACACAUGGAUGAUCGAAGCACGAUGUAUGGAUUGCCUGCAACAGGUUCCAGUCCCCAAAUUGAUAGGAACUCGUCUACUACACGUGAUAAGACAGAAAUGCCCAAACCUGAAGACGAAGAGCUAGUCACGGUUCCUCUCGCAAAGCUACAGCAACUAGUAGAGUUUGGAAUCCAGGUACUGAAAGAAAGUCGAAUGAGAACGAACAUUCGUGAAAUUGACCUAGAGUAUAACGCACCUCCGAAUCUCCAAGACUUUCCUGUGCUUCAAUCUUACCAAGCACGAUCGGAAGUUCCGCGCCCACUGAAUCGCCCAGAGUAUCUGCAUCAAUUCUUAACUCGGGCUUGCGCAAAUCCUUGGCCAGUUCGUAAGAUUGAAGUGAACCGUGACCAGGUGAUUCACCUGGAUCAUCUCGGUCAACCAUUUAAUAGAUUCAAUUGUGCAAAUUUUGAGGCCAUUUGGGAAAGCCACUUUAGGACCUUCUUUGGUUAUGGGCAAAGGUCUGUGACUGCUACAGAAAAGGUGCGAAGAGGAUGGUUUUGGAAAAGAAUACUUAAUGAGUGCGAAAAAGAAAUGGUACCUUGGUUGCUCGAAAUUGGGACUGAUGAUCCAGAUGCUCGAGCAGCAAUUCUUGUAAAGAUUGUAAUUUGCAUCAUCCAGUCGUCGAUUGAAAGGAGAUAUUCUGCUACUUCAACAAUUGGGGCUAUUCUCGAGCGCUGCUACAUGAGCGGAGUACUACGCCAACCCGAAGAUAUCCCCUCGAAUCCUGAUAGCAUUCAGUUACAAACAGAAAUAAGGCAGGACUAUUGCUUUCAUAUAAUCCUUGUGGCAAUAGCACUGAAUAUAUUUAAUGACUGUUUGAUGGAAAAUAAAUCGGAACUGGGUCUCAAUAGCCGUCAGAUGUUAUGGUCCCCUAAGGAUUUAUUGAGAGAAGCUUGCGGGGGUGCUAAUUUAGAACAAAUUCUUGCGUUUCAAGGACCAGAACUUGUGGUAUCAAUCCUAUCUGUAUCAAAAUCUUCCGAUGUUCCAGUGCGAUUGGAAAGCCUAGCCACAAACUCUGGACGUAUUGACGAUCUGAACAUUGGGUCCUUGCAAACAAUCGGAGGUCUUCGAAUAGUCUGGACAGAUAUUUUUGAGGAACAUCUACUCCUGAAUCAUCAAAACAAAUGUUUGAAAGUUGCACGACUGCGGCCAUUCAUCUGGGGGAUGCUGAGUCUUUUUCAAAACGAUUGUGCCCGUUGGUCUAGUAUAUACCGUAAGCCACGAGAGCUUUCAGUCUUAAAAGAGCUAAAAGCCGAUAUUGAAAAGACAUGGGCUAUUCUAUUCUCAAUCACAACUCUAGGCGAGAACUCCAAGAACAAAUUACGGGUUAGGGAUAAGCUCAAGCAAGAGUACGAGACCAUUAUUGACGAGGACCGAAAUCCAAUGCAUAUAGAUAUUCAAACCCUCAAAGAAUAUCAUAUGCCAUGGAUAGAAGACGAUUCGGCGACCGGUAGAGUGCAAUCAUACUACGAGUCACGAUGGGAAAAUCUCCUAGGAAUUAUUAAAGCAAAACAAGACAAAAGUACUAUUGCCUACUCUAACUUCGGCAUGUUCGAAGACCGUGUGAGAGAUUUGAGACAGUAUAUGGAUAAUCAAAAACCACACGGGUUGCGACAGUUACUGCGAGAUUCUAGGGAUGCGCUUAAUUAUUAUACUUUCAUGGGAGUCAUCAUUUUUGGACUGUUGACUGUCUUUCUUGCUCUGGCAUCUUUUUUUGUGAGUGUCGCUCAGACGUAUGCUGCGUUUAAAGCAUUGGAUAUGCCUUCUUAGUGUGAAGCUCAUGGUGUGCUUAAUAGCCAGCACUCUUGCGGAUGAGAUUUCAGAAGCUGUGUUGGACAGUUCCUGUUGCGACACGAGUAAAAAUCCACGUGAGUGCGCCUCAGCGCAUGAGCGUAUUGUAUAUAUCUCUUGCGGUUCUAAAUCUAGAAUAGAUAGAUACAAUACAGUACAGUACA